AUUUUGCUCUCGUGCUCUAGCUCCCCUCUCUCGUUUGCUCUCUCUCUCUCUCUCUCUCUGUGGUUUCAGUAGGGCUUCUCUGUGACGUUCAUCUCGUACUCCUUUCUCCGCGGCGCACGUUAUCAUCGCCGUCUCUAUCCUACGCCCCCAGAGGGUUAGAGGGAGUUUCCGCUAUCUAGGGUUUGAUCGCCUGAUCUUCGUUUACGGUUAGAUCUGUUACUAUAGAGAGAGGAAUAGUUUUUUGUUGGAGAAAAAAAAAAAUCUUAGGGUCAGGGGUUGUUCUAUUUAUUUGAUGCGUUGGCGGGGAUCCGAGGCCUGCAAACGGGUUGAUAUUCUGGGUGGGACCCUGAGAUGGCCAAUCCCGGAGUCGGGAACAAGUUUGUAUCUGUGAAUCUCAAUAAAUCCUAUGGCCAGCAUCAGUAUCACCAGCAUCAUCAUAAUAAUCAGCAUCAUUCAAGCUCCUAUGGUUCAAACCGCACCCGCCCUGGGGGAGGUGGUGGAGGGAUGGUGGUGCUUUCGCGGCCCCGUAGCUCACAGAAGGCUGCUGGGCCGAAGCUUUCUGUUCCACCCCCCUUGAAUUUGCCAUCACUGCGGAAAGAGCAUGAGAAGUUUGAUUCAUUGGGAUCAGGUGGAGGGCCUGCUGGAGGAGGUAUGGGAAGUGGGCCUCGCCCUAGUUCUUCAGGUAUGGGUUGGACCAAGCCUGGCACAAUUGCCAUACAGGAGAAAGAAGGUUUUGGUGUUAAUGGUGACCAUACACUUGAUGAUAGUAAUAGCAAUAAUAUUCACGGUGUUGAUCAGGGAUUGCCUGGUGUUGUCAAUGGGGUCAGCAGCGGUAGUAAUGUAUAUACACCCCCUUCGGCUCGGUCAGUGGUGUCUGCAGUUUCUGUUCCUUCUCGGGGUUAUUCGGUUGCAGAGAAAGCUAUGGUUUUGAGGGGCGAAGAUUUCCCUUCAUUGCAGGCCGCUUUGCCAACUUCUGGGCCUGAAAAGAAGCAGAAGGAUGGUAUGAAUCAGAAACAGAAGCAAGUAUUGGGUGAUGAGCUGGCUAAUGAGCAGAGAAAUGGUUCCCAGUUCAGCACACUUGUUGAUAUGCGUCCACAAUCACAGUUGAGGAAUAAUAUUGGCAAUGGAUUACAACACUAUGGUGGUGAAACCCGUGGUUUUGGUGGUUCUGUAAUGCCUGAGAAAGAUCGAAAGCAGGACGACCUUUUUCCAGGACCAUUGCCGUUAGUUCGAUUGAAUCCCAGGUCAGAUUGGGCAGAUGAUGAGCGUGACACGGGGCAUGGUUUGACAAAUAGGGGGAGGGAUCAUGGGUUUUCCAAGAGUGAAGCUUACUGGGAUAUGGAUUUUGAUUUCCCAAGGCCCAGUAUAUUGCCACAGAAACCCGCACAUAAUUUCUUUGAUAGGAGGGGACAGCGUGACAAUGAAACUGGAAAGAUUUCUUCCAGUGAAGUCACCAAAGUGGAUACUUAUGGGAAAGAUGCAAGAGUGUCUAGUAGGGAGGGACGGGAAGGAAACUCAUGGAGAGCUUCUUCUCCUCUUUCAAGAGAUGGAUUUGGUGUCCAAGAGGCUGGGAAUGAAAAAAAUGGUAUUGGCGCAAGACCAUCUAGUCUGAACAGGGAAGCAACAAAGGAGAAUAAGUACAUUCCAUCACCUUUCCGAGACAAUGCUCAGGAUGAUGCUGGAAGGAGGGAAUUGGGGUAUGGACAGGGAGGAAGGCAACCUUGGAACAACAAGAUGGAUUCUUUUGGCAGUAGAGGGUCUGAAUGGAGUGGUCGAGAGCGUUAUGGAAGUGAACAUAACAACAGGUUCAGAGUUGACACAAACCAGCAUAAUGCAGCUUCCAAGUCAUCAUUUUCUUUGGGUGGUAAAGGGCUUCCAAUUAAUGAUCCCAUACUGAAUUUUGGUAGGGAGAAACGCCCAUUCUCAAAGAGUGAAAAGCCCUAUUUAGAGGACCCUUUCAUUAAGGACUUUGGGGCUACUGGUUUUGAUGGGCGGGAUCCCUUUACUGGAGGACUUGUUGGGCUGGUUAAGAAGAAGAAAGAUGUGCUUAAACAGAUAGAUUUCCACGACCCUGUUCGGGAAUCUUUUGAAGCUGAACUUGAGAGAGUUCAGAAGAUGCAGGAACAAGAGAGACAACGGAUAAUUGAAGAGCAUGAAAGAGCUAUGGAGCUGGCUCGGAGAGAAGAAGAGGAGAGAAUGCGGCUGGCUAGGGAACAAGAAGAGCAACAGAGAAGGUUGGAAGAAGAGAGACUGGAAGCUAUGCAUAGAGCUGAACAGGAGAGACUGGAAUCCAUGCGGAGAGCUGAAGAACAAAGGAUAGCUAGAGAGGAUGAGAAACGCAGAAUUCUUUUGGAGGAGGAGAGGAGGAAGCAGGCUGCUAAGCAGAAGCUUUUGGAAUUGGAGGAGCGAAUUGCAAAGCGGCAUGCUGAAGCAGCAAACUGUGGUAAUACUAAUUCUUCUGGUGAUAAAGAUGAGAAAAUGUCUGGGUUAGUACCAGAAAAGGAUGUUUCCAAGUUGACAGAUGUGGGUGAUUGGGAAGAUAGUGAAAGGAUGGUAGAGAGAAUCACAACUUCAGCAUCUUCUGAUUCCUCAGGAAUGAAUAGACCAUUUGAGAUGGGUUCUAGAUCUCACUUCACUAGGGAAGGCUCUUCUGCGUUUCUGGACAGAGGUAAAGCUGUUAAUUCAUGGAAAAGGGAUAUAUUUGACAAUGGCAACAACUCGACAUAUCUUCAACAGGACCAGGAGAAUGGUCAUCGUAGUCCCAGGCGGGAUAUAUCUAUUGGAGGAAGAACUUUUCCUAGAAAGGAGUUAUAUGGGGGGCCUGGACUUGGUCUCCCGAGGACUUAUCAUAAAGGAGGGGUUACUGACACUCAUAUGGAUGAUUUUAGUCAAAUUAAGGGUCAGAGGUGGAGCAUUUCAGGAGAUGGAGAUCAUUAUGGUAGAAAUACAGAUAUUGAAUCUGAAUUUCAUGAUAACCUUACUGACAGGUUUGGUGAUGCUGGAUGGGGACAUGGUCAUUCUCGUGGCAGUCCUUAUCCUCCAUACCCUGAAAGAAUGUAUCAAAAUCCAGGGGCAGAUGGGCUUUAUUCCUUUGGGAGGUCAAGAUACUCCAUGAGGCAGCCUCGUGUUCUACCCCCUCCAUCUAUGAAUUCGAUGCUCAGAAAUCCCUACAGAGUUGAGAAUGACCAUCCUGGUGCCUCAAAAUUUCCAGAAAAUGAGAUGCAGUAUAAUCAUGUCAUGAGAAAUGAAUCUUCUGUGCAGACAAUGUAUGAUAGCAGCCACCAGGAGAACAUUGGACAUGCUGAAGGAAUUGAUACCCAGCAAGAGCAUGCUGAGAAUGAAGCACACAAAAUGGAUAGGAAUACAGCAAGAUGUGAUUCACAGUCCUCGCUCUCUGUUUCAAGCCCUCCUGAUUCUCCGGUCCAUCUCUCUCACGAUGACUUGGAUGAAUCUGGAGAUUCUCCAGCUUUAUCAGGUGGUGAAGGCAAAGACAUUACCUUGUUGGAGCAAGGGAAUGAAUCUGCAACCUUACCUACUGAAGCUGAGCAAGAGAAUUUGAUGAGUGGGUCAAGUGUUAUCUCUACUGGUGAUGAUGAAGAAUGGACUAUUGAGAAUGAUCAACAGUUGCAGGAGCAAGAAGAAUAUGAUGAGGAUGAAGAUGGAUAUGAUGAAGAAGAUGAAGUGCAUGAUGGAGAAGAUGAGAAUGGUAACCUGGUAGAAGAGAAAGGUUCACCUGACAUGAUAGAUAACUUGGUCCUUGGCUUCAAUGAGGGGGUUGAGGUUGGGAUGCCAAAUGAUGAGUUUGAAAGAAGCUCAAGGAAUGAAGAAACCAAAUUUGUGAUUCAACAAAUUUCUGCAGAAGAACAAGGCUCUUUUGAGGGGAUGGGCAGUGAUGGACAAAUUCAUCAACCUGUGGAGGGUUCUACUGUUGAUAAUUCUUCCAGAAUCUUCCAGGAAACUGAGAAGGCAAUGCAAGAUUUGGUAAUUCAACCUAAAAAUUCUCCUCACACAUCUUCUGAACUUGUGGAUUGUGUGGAUGUGUCUAGUAGUUCUGGCCUCUCCACUCAGCCCCAAGUCCCAUCUUCAUUAGGACAGACUGUCAGGUCCAGUGAUCCUUCUAUUCUCGGUCAGCCUGAGGUACCUGUUAAGCUUCAGUUUGGGCUGUUCUCUGGUCCUACUCUGAUACCAUCACCAGUUCCAGCCAUACAGAUUGGUUCCAUACAGAUGCCACUUCAUCUUCAUGCACCAGUUGGCCCAUCCCUCACUCACAUGCACCCAUCACAACCUCCUCUCUUCCAAUUUGGUCAGCUAAGUUAUACUUCUCCUAUUUCACAGGGGGUAUUGCCGUUGGCUCCACAAUCAGUGUCCUUUGUUCAGCCUCAUGUUCCAACUAAUUUUCCUUUGAAUCAGAAUGUGGGUGGUUCUGUGUCUAUUCAACCUGGUCAAGAAACCACUGUUCAGAAUCUGAUGAAAAGUGAUUUAUUGUCUCUUUCAAUGGACAGCCAACCAGGCCUUCUUCCCAGAAACUUAGAUGUAUCUCAUGGUCUAGCUUCAAAAGAGGGAAGUUUGCCACCAAGAGAAAGAGCUGAUAAAACUGUAAAACUGCAGCAGAACCGAGGAGAUCUUUCUCACAGUAAUGAGAGCAAAACUAGGCCUGAAUCAGGUUUCCCAGCAGAAGGUUCAUUUGUGAAAAAUUUCAAAGCCUCACCCUCUAAAGAAUUGGAAGGCCAGCCUCAAGCUGGGGCAAUAUCAUCUCAGUCAGUUUCUAAAGAAAAAGAUAUAGGCAUCUCAAAAGGUCGGGGCCUAACAUCAGGAGGGAGAGGGAAAAGAUAUAUCUUUGCAGUAAAAAAUUCUGGAUCAAAACCAACAUUUCAGGCUUCUGAAAGUUCUCGCCUAGAUUCUAGUGGAUUUCAGAGACCCAGACGCCAACGAACUGAAUUUCGGGUUCGGGAAAAUGCUGAUAAGAGGCAAUCUACUGGGCUUAUUUCAUCUAGUCCAUAUGGGACGGAUGAUAAGUCUAAUAACAUUGGUAGGGGUGCUCGAGCAACAAGUGCUUCGAGGAGGGUGGUUUUGUCCAGUAGACAACCAAAACAGACAUUUGAAUCAGAAAUGUUGAACUCAAGGCCAGUUGGUUCACGGGAGGUAGAUUCAGGAGGUAAGGCUGAAAAGGGAGCUGGAAAUGAAUCUUUGAGAAAGAAUCAGAGCAUUUCACGCUCCGGAGAGGAUGUUGAUGCUCCUUUGCAAAGUGGAAUUGUCCGUGUUUUUGAGCAGCCUGGCAUUGAAGCUCCUAGUGAUGAUGAUGAUUUUAUUGAGGUCAGAUCAAAGAGGCAAAUGCUGAAUGAUCGACGUGAACAGAGAGAGAAAGAAAUCAAAGCAAAGUCUCAAGUUUCAAAGAUGCCACGAAAACUUCGUUCUACCUCACAAAGUACUGUUGCAUCGGGUACCUCAAAUAAAAUUUCUGUAUCAGUUGGUGCAGAAGCAUUAAACAGUGCCCGCUCUGAUUUUGUUGGCAAUGAUGGACAUGGCUUAGCAAAUGUUGAAGUGUCUGCAGGAUUUAAUGCACCUAUAGUUUCCCAACCACUCCCUCCAAUUGGGACUCCUGCCGUGAAAAAUGAUGCCCAAAUCAAGUCCUUCCAAACAGGCUCCUUAACAGUUGUAUCUGGUGGAGGAAAGAACCUUGCUACUGGCUUAAUGUUUGAGACCAAGAAUAAGGUUCUGGAUAAUGCCCAAGCAUCUUUGGGCUCUUGGGGUAAUUCACGUAUUAAUCAACAGGUUAUGGCCUUGACUCAAACUCAACUUGACGAGGCUAUGAAGCCUGCACAGUUUGAUUCACAUUCUUCUGUUGGAGAUCCUUCUAAAUCAGUUAGCGAGUCAAGCUUGCCAGCAUCUUCCAUCUUGACUAAGGACAAGUCAUUUUCCUCCACUGCGAGCCCGAUCAAUUCAUUGCUUGCAGGAGAGAAAAUUCAAUUCGGUGCUGUUACAUCUCCUACAAUACUUCCUUCUAGCAGCCGUGCUGUUUCCCAUGGGAUUGGCCCUCCGGGUCCAUGUCGGUCUGACAUUCAAAUUUCUCACAAUCUUUCUGCAGCUGAAAGUGAUUGCUCUCUUUUCUUUGAAAAAGAAAAACACUCUGAUGAAUCGUGUGCUCAUUUAGUCGAUUGUGAAGCUGAAGCUGAAGCAGCUGCUUCAGCUAUUGCUGUUGCUGCCAUAAGCAGUGAUGAGAUUGUUGCAAAUGGGCUGGGUACAGGUCCUGUCUCUGCUGCAGAUUCCAAAAACUUUGGUGUAACAGAUAUUGAUGGUAUUACAGCAGGUGUAUCUGGUGAUCAACAAUCAUCCAGUCAAUCAAGAGCUGAAGAGUCCCUAAGUGUUGCUCUUCCUGCUGAUCUUUCUGUUGAGACACCACCGAUAUCUUUGUGGCCAGCGUUACCAAGUCCGCAGAAUUCUUCUAGCCAGAUGCUUUCUCAUGUUCCUGGAGGUCCGACUUCCCAUUUCCCUUUCUAUGAGAUGAAUCCAAUGUUGGGAGGACCCAUCUUUGCUUUUGGGCCACAUGACGAGUCAGCAUCUAACCAAACACAGGCCCAGAAGAGCAAUACAUCAGUUUCAGGUCCACUUGGAACCUGGCAACAUCAUUCUGGUGUAGAUUCAUUCUAUGGUCCUCCAGCAGGUUUCACUGGCCCUUUUAUCAGUCCUCCUGGAAGCAUCCCUGGAGUUCAAGGUCCACCACACAUGGUUGUGUAUAAUCAUUUUGCGCCAGUUGGACAGUUUGGACAAGUUGGUUUGAGUUUUAUGGGUACCACCUACAUCCCAUCUGGGAAGCAACCUGAUUGGAAGCAUAACCCUGCAUCUUCUCCCAUGGGUGUCAGUGAAGGGGACAUGAAUGGUUUGAACAUGGUUUCUGCACAACGCAAUCCCACUAACAUGCCUACUCCUAUCCAACACCUUGCUCCUGGGUCACCUCUCUUGCCUAUGGCAUCUCCUUUGGCCAUGUUUGAUGUUUCUCCUUUCCAGUCCUCUGCUGACAUGUCGGUCCAAGCUCGAUGGUCGCAUGUCCCUGCAUCACCUCUUCAAUCGGUUCCUGCGUCAAUGCCAUUGCAGCAGAAGGCAGAAGGUGCACUGUCUUCUCAGUUUAAUCAUGGCCCAGCUGUUGAUCAAUCAUUAGGUAACAGAUUCCAGGAGCCCCGAACGAGCACAACCUCUGACAAUCAGAACUUCCCAACAGCUACUGAUGCAACCGUCACCCAGUUGCCUGAUGAACUUGGGUUGGUGGACUCAUCGAGUUCCACGAGUGCUGGUGCUCCAACACAGAGCAUUGUCAUUAAGUGCCCUUCUGCUAGUGCUAUCUCAGGCACUGGCAAGACAGAUGCGCUGCUGAAUGGCAGUGGGACCAGCAGCAGCAGCGACCAGAGUACAAAUUCUGCUUUCAAGACACAAUCUUCCCAUCAGAAGAGUAUGUCUACCCAGCAUUACAAUAAUUCAUCCGGGUAUAAUUAUCAAAGGGGUGGUGGAGUUUCUCAGAAGAAUAAUUCUGGGAUUGAGUGGCCUCACCGUAGGAUGGGAUACCAAGGAAGGAACCAAUCCUUAGGUGCUGAAAAGAGCUUUCCUUCUUCAAAGAUGAAGCAGAUUUAUGUAGCUAAACAGACUUCAAAUGGGGCAUCGACGACGUCGUGAAGAGAAAAGGAAAUGAGCAUCUUAGAUUUAAAGGUUGAAAGCAUUAGGACUGAAGCAUCUUUCCGGUGAAAAUUUUGUUUUUGGUUUUUAUAAAUUUUUGGCAAGGGGAGAUUUGAAAUUUUAGUGGUCUAUAAGAAUUGAUAUGCCAGUCUUUUGAAGGAGCUUUUCUGGAGCUGGCUGAGCACACGUCUGUUUUGGAUCUUGAUUUACAGAGUCUUGGUGCUACUAUCUCAAGUUCCUGUGUGUUAGUUAGGGUGUUUAUCCACAUCAUUUUUUUAGUGCCUUCUUUGUUGCCUGCACAAACCUAAUUGUAAUUCCUUGGGAUUCAUAUAUUAAUGUUUAGUAAAAAUCCAGCUGAUGUGUUUUUCACACUACUGUUUGUAAUGAUAAAUAUAUAUAUAUAUAUAUAUGACAAGAAGACAUUUCUGCC